UCCUGACAUACGUCAAGCGCAAACCCGCGCUUACCCCUGCGCAAUUCUACGACCAUUGGGAGAAUGUCCAUGCACCGAAGGUGAUUCCAUGGGCCGAGAAACACGGCAUACGACGAUACCAACAGGUACGCGACAUCUCCUUUUUCAUCUUGAUCACAGCCUGCUAUGUUGUAUUCGGACUCAUUCCUCCGCCCUCGCAUGAACACUUCGUCUGCACCUAGUCCUACGUGCCCAACCGAGCCGCACUCGCCGCACUAAUACGUUCCCUCGCGGAGGGUCUAGGUCCACGUCGCGUCCAAGAUGGUCCCGAGCGCCGCAACUGCAUCUGCGCCUAACGCCGUCAGCAAAGGCGAAUUGCCCACUGAGCCUGUCGAGUUCGACGGAAUUGCAAUGUUCACGGUUCCGACGCUUGAGCAGUUUACAGAUGCUUUCAAGGAUCCGUACUAUGUCAAUGUGAUCGAGCCAGAUGAGCGGGCAUUUCUCGACAAGGAUGGCCCAGGCUCGGGCGUCAUCGCUAGUUUCCGGGGGAGGAUGUUGGAUAUGGUCAAUGGUGGACAGAGCGCUGUUGGGAGCAGCGGUGGAAAGUAUCGCGAUGAUUUUGAUGAGUGGGAGAAGAAGAAAUGAACGUAAUCGAUAUGUCUGUUCACCCAAUAAUUUGUUUUUCGGGCAUUGACAAAGCCAUAAUAAUUGCAAAUCAUGACGACAAAGCAUAAUUGCAC